UCCUGCAGACUGAAGACAAAAUGUCCUGAUGGACAAGAUCCGACCAAGAGUGAAGUUUGGAAACAAAGUGCAUGAUGUGAAACUGCGGAAGAGGAAAUCCCAACUGUAUGCAAAUGAAAAUGAAUGUCCUCUGAACAACGUUGGUCUCAGAGCCAGAGUUGUUGCGUUUUCUGUCGUGUUCAGACUCAUCAACUGUUUCCUGGUUCAGAGCAGCUUUGUCCCUGAUGAGUACUGGCAGUCUCUGGAGGUUUCUCAUCGUAUGGUCUUCAAUUAUGGGUUUCUGACAUGGGAAUGGAAGACAGGAAUACGAGGAUUCUCUCAUCCACUCGUCUUUGCGAUCAUAUACAAGAUCUUACACUUGGUGAACCUGGACUCAGUCCAGCUCCUGAAAUGGCUUCCACGGAUGAUCCAAGCUCUCCUGGCUGCGUUUGCUGACGUCAAGUUCUUCUUCCUCAUCCGAACGCUGGAAAAUCAACACGUUACAAAAUGGACGUUUUUCUGUCACGUGUGCUCGUGGUUCUCGUGGUUCUGCUGCACCAGGACUCUGAGCAACAGCACAGAAACAUCCCUCACGUGUCUGGCUCUCUUUUACUUUCCUCUGUCUGGGUCCAAAACUCACAGCAGCAUGAAAUAUUUGAGCCUCGUUGCCAUGGCAGUGGUUUUCCGGCCGACGGCGCUGAUCGUCUGGUUUCCUCUGCUGCUGCAUCAUUUCUGUGAGGAAGAGAACAAACUGAGACUCAUCACUCAUCACUACAUCCCUAUAGGGGCUGCAGCUGUCGUCAUUUCAACUGUGAUUGACUGUAUCUUCUAUGAAAAGUGGACUUUGGUGCAGUUUAACUUCCUGAAGUUUAACGUCGUUCACGGAGUGGCAGACUUCUAUGGCUCUCACCCCUGGCACUGGUACCUGACUCAGGGGUUUCCGGUGGUGAUGGGGCCUCAUCUUCCCUUCUUUCUUCACGGAUGCUCCCUCGCCUUCAACAGAUACAAGAUCCUGUUGGCAGCAGUCGUCUGGACCGUCGUGGUCUACAGUUUUCUUCCUCACAAAGAGUUCAGGUUCAUCUUCCCCGUGCUGCCGCUCUGUAUGAUCUUCUGUGGGAAGUCACUGGCCAGUUUGAGAGAGUGGCGUCGGCCCGCAGCUGUGUUCUUGUUGCUCACAAACCUGGUUCUAGCGCUCUACACCGGCCUGAUCCACCAGCGCGGGACAGUGGACGUGAUGAACCACCUGCAGACGCUGUGUGACACGAGCAGCGCGUCCACCUCUGCACAGCCUGACGUCCUCUUCCUCAUGCCCUGUCACUCCACACCGUACUACAGCCACGUCCACUGUCCCAUAAAGAUGACGUUUCUCGAGUGUCCUCCUGACCUCGGAGAGGACGAUGCCGUGGACGAGGCAGAGACAUUUUACCGCGAGCCGCUUCACUGGCUCAAAACCUCCUUUCCGUACAAAUCUUCUCUGCCCACACACCUGGUUCUGUUCAAUGUUUUGGAAAAGGAAAUCUCCGUGUUUUUACAGGCAAACAAGUUUGUGAGGACGGCAGAAAUAUUUCACACUCACUUUCCACAAGGACGAGUCGGAGGAAGCAUCUUUAUUUAUGAAAGGCACUGACACAGGAAGCUGAUCACGACAAUAUUGUAUGAUUUGACACUAAAAUAAAUAUUUCAUCAUGUUGAAAUAUCCUCAAA